AUGGCGCAGCUCAGGGCGAUCUCAUGGAUGAAUCUCUUGCUCGUCCUCACGACGCUUGCUGCUUUGCUGCAGACCGUCACGGGCGCCUCUGGAAACCAGUGUUCGGCUGCCAGGACGCAGCGCGCAGUUGACACCACCACACCACGCAUCAUUGUACCGCUCUACAUCUAUCCACUGCCCAAUGCAUGGGAUAAGCUGUACACGGCGAUUCGCGCAAAUCCGGCAGCAGCUUUCACUGUGAUCAUCAACCCUAACUCUGGACCGGGCUCUGGCAACGCACCGGACUCGGACUACACAGAGGCCAUCAAAAAGCUACGAGCAACGCCGGCGCCGGGACAGAUCCUCGAACUAGUCGGAUACGUCGCUACGGGCUACGGAAAGACCUUGGCGAAAAACGUCAAGGCCGACGUGACAAAGUACUCGCGUUGGCCCACGGCCGUACGUCCAGACGGAAUCUUUUUCGACGAAACAGACACCGCCUCCAAGUACCUCGACCAAUACGCCAAGUACACCGACUUUGUCAAAUCGCUCAACUGGACCACCACCUCGACCACCUCGAGCAAGCAAUGCAAUUCGAAAAGCCUCGUCCAAAGAUCAGGUAUCACAAUCCUAAACCCGGGCACUUGGCCUCAAGACGCCCGCUUCUGGUCCACCUCGUCGGACCACAUCAUCGUCUACGAAGACAAGCUAGCCAACUUCGACCUCGCCGACUACCAACGCAAAACUUCCAACAACAAGCAAGCAUCCGCCUUCCAGCGCUCCUACAUCUUCUACAACGUCAACCCCAACAACGCCACCACCAAGGACGGCUCGAAAUUCGCCAACCUCGAUGCGCUCGUCAAUGCUACAGUCAACCGCUUGAGUGCUAGAGGCGGUCUGUUCGUCACCAACCUUGAUAUCGCUUCCACCGACGUUUAUGCCUCUUUCUCGAGCAUCUGGCCUGACUUUGUCAGAGCAAUGGCCAACAUCUCUUGA